AUGGCAGCGUUCAGGUCGAAGUACGAAUCUGCGGAUCUGCGAAUCCAGGCGGAUCUCAUUAGUCAGCUCCUCUCCCGAGCCCUUCGCUGGCGCUAG